GAUCAUUCGUACGCCGAAAAUGGGGUAUUAACAUCACCAUUGACGCAAUUGACGGUACCUAUGACCCGGAUGUUGGGGAGUCGGACAAAUCGAAUUUCACGUUCCGUUGGUUCUGUCGACGUCUCUGUGAAACGUGGCCCGAGUACAACGACAACUUCUCAAUGAUUUUGGCUCCGUUUACGUCGAACUGUACCUACGACACGUUGAAUGGUGCCGACGAAGGAGGUUGUUUCAAGUAUGAUGGCGUUGAGUCUGCUGGGGAAUUAAACGCAACAACUGGUGUUGAGAUAUUUGACACGACGAACUGGUACGAGUUGGACGUGGUGGAAAUGAUGGUGGUAGUGACCAAAGAUGACCGUAUGCAAGUUAUGAGGCAGGCCAUCAACGUGACACUAGGAGAUCCCCCAGAGAUUGAACUUAGCUGUGUGUCAAACUGCAAAGCCAAGGUGAACCCUCUGUAUCCGUUCACUGUCAAGUCCAAAAUAUUGAAAGCUGGUCUUGCGCAGUAUUCUUAUAUCUGGGACAUCGUGAAGGCUUCUCCUGGGGUCGAUCCAUAUACUGUUCCUCCAUGGGACCCCAAUGUAUGGCAGGGGUAUGCCAAGGGAACAGGACGGGAAACGGCAGACAUUUUCCUGGACACUGGAAUCUUCACUGCGGCGGAUGUCGGCAUGCGGCUGUUCAUGCGUUGUCGGGCCUGGAGAACUGGCAGAGCGGACAAUUAUGGCGAAUCUUCCCUUGAGUUCAUCAUUAACGAGCCCCCUGUCCCUGGUAACUGUUCAGUUUCUCCCUUCAAUGGCACGGCCCUGGAAACCACCUUCAACACCUUCUGCGCGGACGAGUUUCAGGACGAUGAUAAGCCUUUCGGAUACAAAGUGGGAUAUCGCAUUUUCCCAGACGAUGACUGGAGCUGGAUCUAUGAAGGCAGCACUUACACCAUGCGAAAGGCCGCCUAUCUGCCGCAAGGAAAUUCGGAUAAGAACUACGAAAUUGAAGUCAAGGUUCAAGCCAUCGAUGCCAUCGGUUCGGCCGCUGAAGUGAUCUCUACUGCAGUCGUGUACCCUCCCUCUGCUGAGACCAUGGCAGCUAUGAUGGGUAAUAUGACGGGGCCGGAUGGAUACAUUCAGCAACUGGCCAGGAUGGGAGACGCGCGUGAAAUGAUGCAGACACUUGGCGUACUUGUGGCCUAUAUGAACAUAAAUAAUAUGUAUUCUGUUGAUGCUGCUUUAGCUGAACAAUUCAACGAAACUGAAAUCGCCCUGGCGCUGCUUAACGCUAUUGCCGACGCCGACCUGACCGACAGCGAACGCACCCAGAAGGAUACUCUGACGGCCAGGAUGGAUGCUCUGAGAUCAGAAAACGCUUCUGCGUACCAGACAUGGUUUGACCAGAGAGUACAGAUCCGUCAAGAAAUCUGUCAAGCGUUGUCACUUAUGAACUUUGUAAGCUUGUCAACAGGCCGUCUCAUUGUGUCUGGAUUGAGAGACAUGGUCAAAUUGCCCAAUGAAGUUAAUGCCUUGGCCGUGGAAGCCAUUGGUACAGUGGCACAAAAAGUGUGGGAUUUGCUGGACGCCAAUAAAGAUGCUAUGGAAGGGCCAGAUCUAACUGCGAACGCCAAACUUCUGAUAGAAAUUAUUGGUCGAACUCUAGAUGCCAUUAAUGCUAUUAAUGAAGCUGGAAACCUAGAGGCGGAUCUGGAAGAGAUUUUGAGGGCAACAAGGACCAAUCUUGUCACUAUGACGAAAUACAUCGGUCAAGGCGUGAUGGACAAAAAAGUGGUGGGCGAACCCACAACAACCAUUUCCACGACUAAAAUGCAGGUCAGCACUCAGUUGGAAUACCCUGAUAAGCUCGAUAAAGCAACUCUUGGUGCCGGCAGCAGUGGUGAUAUCAACAUGCCUGGUAUGGACAGCCUCAUAGGAACCGGAAACGAUACUACGUCCUCACUUAAAUACAUGGUAGCGGCGAUGAAGAGCAACCCGUAUGCUGGGGCCAAUGCCACCAACACGAGCGGUAGCGCCGACGACGUGGUUGAAGACCUCACACCGAACUCACCGGUUAUAUCUCUGGAUUUCAAAAAUGAAACGGGAGGUGAAAUGAAAGUUCAAGACUUGGACGAUCCCUUUAAUAUCUACAUCAACCGAGAUGCCAGCAAAGUCCAACUGACAGAGGUUCACAACUUCACCACAGCCUGGGAUGAAAAGAUGGUGAUACAUAAGAUCAUCCUUCCUGGAAACAUCGGUCUUAGCAUCAAGGUUUGGGACUGGUCACCGGUGCCACCACAGAACGUCAGCAACGCCACUGACGACUUGACCACCACCGAGUUCCCAGAGACCACGACUUUCGACAUGGAAACCACAACGUUUGACUUCAAUGCAACGAACUCAACGGAGGAGCAUUGGGCGGUUACCAACUGUUGA